CGAAAAGUUUCCGGGGCCUUCGAGAAACGGGCUCCUGGGCUGUGUUCUUGGGAAAAAAGUAUAAUUUUUGACAAUCAGGCAGCCGGUGCCUUAGGUGUAUUCAACAUCGUUUUUUCCUUAUUUGGAUCAAGAGAAAAUGAAGAUAGAGACCUUAUUCUCAAAGUAACUCCUCUCCAGUUAUUUUCGCAGGAGGGUCAAGAAUUAUCCACGCAAUCCGAAUUUUACUCGCGCGGACUUUACAUGAAGCAUUCACGCAACAUGCGUGGCGUGAUUGUCGGCGGGAAAUCUGAAAAUAAAUUGAGAGGGAUCUGUAUCAAUGACUACGGGAUAAGAAAACAACACCCUUCACAACUCUCCUUUAGUGUUGAUAUACAAAUUAACACACCAGUGUUUUACUAGACACUGUCAUAUGAAAGGAAGCAGGGUAAAAGAGAGUUAAUGUUCCAUAUAGGCCUUAUAUUGGAGCCGCUUGCUCCCUUCCAGUAUAACGAAUCCCCGAUGCAGUUGAACCGCUAGUUAACGAAUCCCGCAAGUUGUCAUAACGAAACUUUCUCCCACCCCGUCAGUCAGGUCUCCGGAAAAAGACCCUCAUACCCGUUAAUAAUAGAUCUCGUACCCGCGGGAUCAUACGUUGCCGAAUUGUGUUACAGUUUGGAGAGACGUAGAUUUGAUAUGAAUCUAUUUUUGUACCAGUUCAACACCAUUGCAGUCAACUCAAACAAUGAAGAUUCAGUAGAUUAACCGAUACGUGACCCUCUGUGUGUAGAAAGAUCAGAAAGAUUGAAGUCCACGUAGAUAAGUAGAUUGCAGUGGCGAUCGCUGCCGUGUGUUCCGGACGUAUUAAAGGUUGAAGUAUCGAGUUAGUUGUAUAAUUUAAAAGAUUUUGCGUGAGAUGGGGGAGCCGGCAGAGAAAGAGAGAGAAAAGCGGCUCGCAAACAAGGAAAGACUAGAAGAAAAGAAUGAGAGAAACUGAAUGAGAGCAACAAAUGUAUGAUUGAUUGUUGUUUCCUCGGGGGACAUGUUUGUGAUUGCCGAGAUUAAAAGAUCUUUAGCGUCAUUGUUCGAUAUUGUGUGUUUGUUUUUUUUGCUUAACUGCUAUCAUUUUUAAAGUGGGCUUUUUCAAACACCUUUUUACCAUGUUUUAAAAAACUAUCUAUGAAGUUUUGAUGACUUCAUCCACAUUUGAUUACAGUGUUCGUUUUUGUGUCAAUCAAACUGCGUGACGAAGGCAUUUUACACACAAAAGCGUGCAGCAUUCCAGACUUCUGCAUAAAUUAUGCGUAUCAUUUCUGUGUAUCGAAAGAGGUCAGCUGAGUGGAGGGAAGCCGUUAUAAUCAGGCCAAAGUUGUUGUUGUUUUGAUACUCCAAAUACUCUUCCACUCAUGGCAUUGGCGAAUGUUCGUAUUACUGCACAACUUUUGAUACAAAAUGGCUAAAAGAACUUUGCCUCCAAGCGCUUUCGCGCUGCCUGGUUUAUCGAAGGACACGAAUAAACCGUUCGGUGUCUCGAGUACAAGAGAUGGUUUUGGUUUUAGUUCGGCGAACAAAGUGCCACGGACUAAUGCAAGGGGCUCUAAGUUGGACAACUCGAAUGAUUCGACGAGUUUAGUCGACGAGCGAGGUUCUUUGCUGCCGCCUCACACCAACCACACUCUUGAAAACUUGACGAAAACAAGGCCUCGUAGUCCUCGUAGAAGGUCACCUUCGCCCUUGGCGCGAAGAAAAUUCGAACUUGACUCCAACUUAAGCUUAUCUUCAGAAGCAAAUAAGCCACAAACGUCGAUCAAAGAUCACAAGGACGCGCACUCGUUGAAAGAGAGGCUGAAUGCUUCGCCAGCUCUCAUUCUCUCCAACGAUGUGGGACUAUCGGUUUCGAGUAGCGAGCUUUCUCCUGUUAUGUCGAGAGCCUCGCCUCGGAUAGGCAACAAGAGUCGUCCAGAAGUCCUUCCUAAGCCCGACAGGACUCGAAUUCGCGCAAGUAGAGAUGUUGUGGCUGAGAAAUCUGUUAGUAAUGCAACUCGUGUGUUAAAUGAUCCUAAGAUUCUGUUUGAAGAUGAAGGCGACCACAAUGGUCCACCACCUCUCCCAUCGUCCCCACCUCCUUUAGAGGACGACGAGAUUUUGGGUUCUUUAGCUAAUGACACGUUAAGCGAAGAAUCAAAACAUUCACUCAAAGCAAGCGAGUUUGUAAAAACAGCGAAACCAGCUGAUAAAACAAAUUUUGAUUUGUCAACAAAGGAGGGUAAUCCUAUUAAAAGUCCAAGUGAAGUUAAUGGAUUGAAUAGAACAACGAAUGGUUAUUAUAGUUCUUCAUCAAGGAUAGCUAAGUGGCAGGGAUAUGGAAGGAAUUCUUCUCAAGAUAGUCUUUCUUUGAGUAUGCCAAAAAUUGGAGCUAGUGCCCCAAAGAUUGGAACUGGCAUUCCAGACAGACAGUCUUCUCUAGAUUCUGCCAUAACAUCACGACUGUCCAAAUAUGAGACACCUUACAGUUCUAGGCAGCGCAAACCUGUGGAGAAGAGUUUAUCAGCAAACCGCAGACGAUUCAAACCAGUUACAUUAACAGAAUCUGAGAAAAGCAAUUUAGAGAACAAUAAAGAAAGUGUAAAUUCAUCUGUAGAUUUACACAAAGCCAAUACAAACCAGAACAGACCUACCUAUGAGAGGUUGCGUGACAUACAAGCUGGAAAAAAUUCAAUUGAUUCUUUACCUAGAGAUCCUAACAAAGGAACAGAUGUUGUGAGCCAGCCUUUAAGUUUAUCAGGGAUCAAUAAAGAACACAGUUUGCAAGGCAAUAGUGUUAUGUCAGGAGAUAAUGUUAAAAUGAUUGCUGGCCACUCUUCAGUGCCAUCAGAAGCUAGCAGUGGGAUUAAUAUUGGCAAAUUUAGGCAAAGACCUGGCUCGCCAGAUUUGUCUAGUGUAAGAAGGACUACAUCACCAGAGCCUUCUGUGGUUGUUGAAUAUGACAGUAAUAAUUAUACUGAAAGGGUCAGUGAUGUUGAAAGUAACAGAAAUGUGACAUCUGUUAGUUCUGAUGUCAGAACUUCAAAUAGAACAGAACCAAAUGAGUUUAAAAGUGGAAGUAGUAUCAUAAAUGAAAAUGAAGUCAAAGAGAGUGUGAGCAACAGUGACAGAGAUAGUACACUUACAAAGCAGCAUGGAAAUCUAGGACUAACAUUACCAAGAGUUGUUAUUGAAUAUGAUGGUGUAGUUGUCAAUGAUCCAUUGAUCGAUGGAUACGACACAGAAGAAACUUCUGAUGAAGGUAAGAAAAUGAUGUCAUCUUCCAUUGGUGAAGCGCAGAACUCGUAUAUAGCAGAUGAGAUUGAAGACAUGUCUGAUGGUAGUCUUGAUUCUGAAGAUGAUCUUGUUCUUGGUGAUUAUGGUAUAUCUUCUGAUGAGGAAGAUGUAGAGGACUUAACCUUUAGAGAUGAGGAUGGGACAUUUGAUGAUGCUGAAAGAGAGAAGGCAGAAGAAACAGUGAAAGGUAGGUGCUUUGGUUUGAUUUGUAAAUGCCAUCACUGGAAAGUUUUUAGGUGUGCUCCUCUUGGCUCUGAUGAGGGAGAAGUGAAAGAAGAAUUAGAGGAACCAUUCAUAAUGGAGAAUGGUUACGAAGGUGAUUUGCCAUCACCCGUCAUUCCGUCUUCUCUUCUGGAAGAGCAGCCAAGAGAUGAUAACAGAUUUCACAAUCUUGCUCUAGAAGUGUGGACUGAAGAUGACUGUUUGGAGUGGCUUGACUAUAUUGGAUUAGGACAUUUUACACCAGAGUUCAGAGAGCAUCAUGUGGAUGGCAAAGUGUUAAAGAACGUAAAUUUCCAGCUGCUUGAGGAGAUUGGUAUCAAUUCACCCGAUGAACGCGAAGUUAUACUUUCUGAGAUUUAUCGGCGCUUCCACCCUGAAGAGGAGGACUUGUUCGAAAUGGAAAUCCAAGGUGCUCUGCAGUCUGCUUCUGAGCAGGAAAAGAUGAAAAUCAUGGCUGUCCUCAAUGCUCUGCGGUCUCCAGCAUUCCAAGCCGAACUUGGGUUGACAUCUUCUACUGGUUCGUCCUCUCCACGUGACAGUGACACGGGACACAACAUGGCCUCGGAAACUGCGUCUCUCUCCAGCAGCAUGACAGGCAGUGAAGGUCAUUCUCAGGAUCUGGGCAUGCCUCCACCACCCCCUCCUCCCUCCUGGUCGCAGUCAGCAUACUCGUCAGACAGCUUGGGCAGAGAUCUUGAUGUAAAUGACGAUGGAUUGAUUGACCAGCCUCUGCAAAUCAUUUCAGAGGUAUCUGAGUUGGAAGAGAGCGAUGAUGCAGAAGUGCUUUUUGAGCCCCCUCCGAUGUUUGCCAGCUCUGAUGAGGGAGAAGUGAAAGAAGAAUUAGAGGAACCAUUCAUAAUGGAGAAUGGUUACGAAGGUGAUUUGCCAUCACCCGUCAUUCCGUCUUCUCUUCUGGAAGAGCAGCCAAGAGAUGAUAACAGAUUUCACAAUCUUGCUCUAGAAGUGUGGACUGAAGAUGACUGUUUGGAGUGGCUUGACUAUAUUGGAUUAGGACAUUUUACACCAGAGUUCAGAGAACACCAUGUGGAUGGCAAAGUGUUAAAGAACAUCAAUUUCCAGCUGCUUGAGGAGAUUGGUAUCAAUUCACCCGAUGAACGUGAAGUUAUACUUUCAGAGAUUUAUCGGCGCUUCCACCCUGAAGAAGAGGACUUGUUCGAAAUGGAAAUCCAAGGUGCUCUACAGUCUGCUUCUGAGCAGGAAAAGAUGAAAAUCAUGGCCGUCCUCAAUGCUCUGCGAUCUCCAGCAUUCCAAGCCGAACUUGGGUUGACAUCUUCUACUGGUUCGUCCUCUCCACGUGACAGUGACACGGGACACAACAUGGCCUCGGAAACUGCGUCUCUCUCCAGCAGCAUGACAGGCAGUGAAGGUCAUUCUCAGGAUCUGGGCAUGCCUCCACCACCCCCUCCUCCCUCCUGGUCGCAGUCAGCAUACUCGUCAGACAGCUUGGGCAGAGAUCUUGAUGGCCUCGACUUAAAAAGCAAGGGAGGGAAAUCAAAGAAACAUAGCAAGACAUCUAAGGAGAAGGACAAGUCAGGAGAAAAAGCAUCCAAAACUGAAAAACAGGCAAAUAAGCAGAAGAAACACAAGAGGGUGUCCAAACUACUGGACAGCUUGUCUCUGGGUUCAGGAUCAUCAAAGUUGACAAAGCUAUUUCAUCAUUCACACUCUUCAUCGUCAACAUCAUCAUCGGCAGCAAAAAAGCUCAACCCUGCGAUGCAGUGUCUGCUACAAGCUGGCCCACAGGGAUUACUCAGGAUAUGGCCCACGGCUCUCUCUGAGGAAAUGAAUUAUUGCAGCUUUAUGGUUAACAUGACAACCACAUGUGCUGAGAUCAUUAAACUCGUUUUUGUGAAAUAUGAAGUAGUCGAUGAUCCACGAAGGUUUUAUGUUUGUGAAAUGGGAUUAGGAAAAGGAGGUACUCAUCAUGAUCUCACUGACGCUGACUGUCCACUGUUGUUUCAAUGCCGUUGGGCCGAUCCUGACAAGCAGCGCUUUGAAUUGCGCUGUAGAAAUGAAGGGGUUAUCAAGAUGCUGUUUGAACUGGAGGGGUACGAAGACGACUUAGACUAUCGUUCCAUCCCGUUGUCAUCAAAGACUCCCUGUUCAGAAGCGGUGGGCAUCAUAGUGAAGAAAUAUGACUUGCCUGGUGAUGCCAACGAGUACUACUUGGUGGAAGUUUCCGAGGAAAAUGAAGAUGACAGAGAAGAAGUGGCUGAUCACGUGUGUCCCCUGAGACUGCAAAUGGCCUGGAGCGAACCUGAUCACGUGUUCAGACUAUGUAGAAGACCAACUGAAGUCAAAGAGAACGAGCAGAAAGACACAUUGGAUGGCUGGACGACAGAUGCGACGGAAGAAAUCUCACCAGAACCAGGCAUCAACUCAGAAGUAUCCUCAGUGCGAGAUGAGGACGAGCUGGAGAUUACACCCGGUGCCACGGGCAUUAUCGAAGGAGACGAAAUCGUGGAGGAAAUCAGCGAUGAUCUGAUGGAGGGACUGACCGAACUGGACCACGUCAUUGACGAAGAAUCCGAGGUGAUCGCUUCUCAGGAGCUGGAAGUUGUCCGACAAGAACUUGCGGCUAAAGAAGAGGAGCUUCGAGAAUUGCGGGUGCGAAGCGACACGCUGACCGAGAGAGAAGACGAGAUUGAAAUCUUGCAGCGCGAAAAUGAGGAGCUUAGAAGACGAUGCGAGGAGCUUGGUGAAUUGACACGUAAUGACGAGUCGCUUGUUGAGAAAGAGAGGGCGCUUGAAGAGCUACGACGAGAGAACGACGAACUGAGACAGAGGACACAGGAAACUGAGGAAAAGUUCAACAAUGAAAUCUCCAUGAGGGAUCGUGAAAUUGAAAGGAUUUACGUCCGAAACAACGAACUUUCCAACGGUGAGAAGGAGCUGGAGAGUCUGAGAAAGCUACGGGAUGAUUUUGAGUCACAAGGAAACGAAUUGGAAAAGUUGAGGGUUCUGAAUGAUGAAUACAGCUCUAGUGAAAACGAGCUUGCCCUAAAACUCGGAGAACUGCAGGAAAAACACGACGAAUUGUUAACCAAAGUAGGUGAAUUGGAAAAAUUGAAGGAAACAAAUCGAGAGCUUUCCCACAGAGUGGAAGAGAGCGAUUUCCUGCGACAAAAGCUCGAUAGGAGCGAAGUGGAGAAGAAAGAGCUGGUUGAAAAGCUAAACGAGUUGGACCGAGAUAGAAAUGAUUCUAAAAGAAGUGACACCGAAGAAGUCGUAAAUCUGAGAAAGGAAAAUCUUGAAUUGGCAGCCAAGUGCAAAGACGCAGAGGAAAUGAAGAAAAAUAUCAUCAAGCUGACUGCUCAAAUGCGUGAGAUGGAAACGCAGAGUCAAGAGCAGAUGGACCAUUUCCAGGAAAAGCUGGAAGACCUCGUCACGGAGAAACAACAGUUACUCGACAGAAUAGCUGAGUUGGAAGAACGCGAAAAGAAUGCGGAGGCUCAGGAAAACAGCGCAAAGGAAGUCGAGGAUUUAAAACUCGAGAACAUCUUUCUGGUGGAAAGGACGAAAGAAGUCGAUGAACUGAAGUCCGCUGUGGCUAAACUGGCGGCAGACGUGAAGGAAAAUGAAUCAUUUAAGCAGAAAUACAAAGAGCUUCGUGAUGUGGAAAGUUAUUUAACCAAACAGGUCAAUGCCGCGGAGACUAUCGCCAGACAGAAGGAUAAAAAGUUAAAGGAAUCUGAAAACAAGAUAAAUACACUGACCGAAGCAGUGAAAGACAUGGAAGCUAAGCUUGAGGAACAGGAACAAAACAAACUGUACCUUGACCAGCUACUCGCCAUGCUCAAGGACAGGGACCCCACUCUUCUGCACGUUAUAAACAGCUCGCUUGCUUCAAGCGAACCAGAGGAAUGGUGCUGAACAUCGAAGUGGAUUCUGCGCAGCUGGAGAUUACCACUGACCUGAUGGACUGAAGUACCAUUAUCUAGUUGCUAGAUGUAGUAGCACAAGUGCAGUGCACCGUGCAGUUGUUAGGUAGUCGAUAUACAGGGGUAGGACAGAGAGGUAGCAUUAUAUGAAGUGUAAAAUAAUAAUCACUCCUGUGAGUAUUAAAUGAGCCCGCGUUUUGAACCGACACAUGACCUAUCUUUAUGACACAAUGCAGACGUCACAGCCCUUCAAGUACUCUCGAGCGUUCGGGCUAUUUUUUGAUUAGAUAGAGUCGGAGGAUUUUUGAGUACUCUUAUUGAAGAUUUUCUAACAUAACCAGAUUUUUUAUUCACCCAAAGUGUAAUUUAGCAUUUUACCAUGGCUACUCCGGAAUCAUGAGUGCCAUCUGGAGGAAUAUUGGCUCUGAAGUAAGGUGCUUGGUAUGGAUAGCUAUUGCUGAAGGCAGAAAAUACUGUUAGAAUGUGGCCGGGUUGGGAAUUGGUGGUCAGUCUAGUUGACUCGGACUGUAGACGAUAGAUUGGAUUGGCAAUAAAUGUAGUCUAGUUCCUAAACUCUCACUUCCUCGCGAGAGAAACCUGUGUAGGCUUAAACCUGUCUCCUAAGCGGGAGAAACCUGUCUAAGCUAGGUUGGGAAGGGAGAGUUCAGCGACUGGACUCCAAUUAAUGUAAAAGUAUUUAUAGCAGUGCCCCGUAGUCUCGAAUAAUAAUGAAUUAGCCAAUCAGAGCUUGACGCGAAGCAUCUGAAACCGUGUAGCAGGUGGAAAGGGCUGGAAAACUUGUACCUGAUGGCCAGCGCGGGAAAAAGUCACGUGGUUGGGUUUGGUUUUGUACCUAAUUGGCUGAGACGAAAUGCUUGCUAUGAUUGGUUAGCGCAUGUCACACGAACUUUUAUAAACACGGUGCUACACAAAAGCGAACAGAUAGAAACUCGCUCACUGAAUUUCAACUGAUGAUAUUUGAGAGCGAGGUAGUCAUAGUGUAACUGGAACGCAUAAUUUGUAUUUUAUAUUGUAUAUCCUUAAAAAGGUUCUGUAUAUAUCUUGAAUUAAUGCUUCGCAUAUAAAAAUGUGUUGAAGCAAAGUUCAGCAUUUCAUGGUUCGUUAUACAAAUUGGUAAUGGUGCCCUUUUUUAGAAACACUUUUCAGACGUUCUUUCGCACAGAUGUUUGAGAAUAUAUACGGAUGGGGGCGCAUAUAUUUUAUUAACUUUAUGAUUAAUUAAACGCUUUUUGGAGAAAUUGUGUAAUUCGUAUUUAAAGAUAUUUUGGUGUCGGGCAUGAAUUAUUUUUGGUGCUCGUGCUUUUUACGCCAAAUAAAGUGACAGUAAUUUGUAUC